UGGCACAAGCCGCGGUCAUUGCCGUGCGCACGGGAACGAGGGGCAUAGGGCUUCAACGGGCCCAGCGGCCUCGACUCUGCAUGGCGCGCAGGUGAAGCCCGAGCAGUUCGAAUGGUUUCAAGGUUCGUGGUGGGCCGUCGGGCGGCGAAGCCUGCUGCGGUCCCAGAGGCGGAAGCUCCACUCCUCUCAGCGUCGAGUCCUGGGCUCACUGGGAUUGAGGGCAAGCAGCUGCCUAGAUGUCGAGUGGAAGUAGCGACGCAUACAGCAAAGAACUGGGGCGGCCGACAUGAAAACGAGGAUCGGUGCAUGGCGGCUCACGACUGCCUCGGCGAUCAGCUCGAGUUUCACACCGUGGGCGUCCUGGACGGCCACGAUACAGACUCCGCCUCAGACCUGGUCGCGAAACUGCUGCCGGGCGCCGUGGGCAGGCGGAUCAAGGAGGGUCUUCCCAUCAGCGAGGCUUACAUGGAGGCCAUGGCCGAGAUGGAAGACCGCCUGAAGCGAGAGCAUGCGACGGCCGGCACGUGCGUUAACAGCUGCACCAUUGCCGGUGGCCGCGUGUGGUGCGCCAACCUCGGGGACUGCAGAGCCGCGCUGGUCACGCUGGAGGCCACUCCUGCGGGCGCUGCCAAGGCGGAGCAGAUCACAUGGUUGUCGCGGGACCACAAGGCCAGCUGCCCCACAGAGCAGAAGAGGAUAGAGGCGGUCGGUGGAUGCGUCAUCGAAGGGCGAGUGGAGGGGCUGGAGCCAUCCAGGACGCUUGGGGACUUCGACGUAAAGAUGACGGUGAAGCCCGGGGUGAUCUCCAUCGUGCCCGAGGUGCGAACUGUGGACAUUGGCACAGGCAAGGCUUUGGGCCGCCGCGCUGUGCUCAUGUGCGCCACCGACGGCAUUUGGGACGUCAUGAGCGGCCAGGACCUAUGCAAGCUCACGCAAGCCAGAAAGGACCUGGGCGCCUACUUCAACAUGGAGGCGCUGGCGGAGGCGCCAAAGGCUGGUAUGCAGGCCCUCAAGGAGUUAGCGGAGGACAUUGUCCAGUUCGCGCUGGCCAAGGGCAGCCGUGACGCGGGGCUAGCCCAGGUCAUAUGUUGGUUGGAAGCGCGAAGCAUUGGGCUGGCAGAAGCACUCCAAGGACUGCACGUGCCUCGUUGCCAUGAUAUCGGUGUUGCCUGAAUAGAGGGUGUCACCGUCCGCUGACGCUGCGGUCUUUGCCAGUCUAUCCAGAGAGUGCAUACUCGCGGCUUGCAAGACA